UCUUCGUCGUGUUUCGUAGUGGCACACGGACGGAACUGUCGCACUCUCAACCUUGUUUCCUAAAGAACUCCACAUUAUUCAACUAGAAGCUUGCCUCAAGUUUGUUGUGUAACCACCAAUGAAGAUAAGCGCUCUUCUUAAAUGGCUCGUCGUCUUGCAUUUGACGUCAUUUGGCUUCGCAAACGGCGAAAAAGCUUCGACAGAACCUCCGAAGCUUCGAGAGUUAAGGUUCCCGGAUGACCUUUCUGUGAACGAAGAAACUACCCUGAACUGCUACGUUCGCCGAGGUACCGAGCCGUACCGGUUCGCCUGGUUCAAGAACGAGGUGCCUCUCGUGCCAAACGACAGAAUGUCCGUAGCCCAAGUGUCCGGCCGAAUGACCACGCUGACCUUCCGCAGCGUGAGCCCCGAAGACGUGGGCAACUAUACGUGCCAAGUCAGCAACCCCGCUGGAAAGGACACGGUCAGCGCGACCCUGCACGUCACAGGUGGGCCGGAUAUCUGCGAAAGGAUUGAUUGUACCCUAAGCGUCAUCUCGUAAAAGUGUCUCAGCGUGUGCAUUGACAUCGUUGUGCACACGGCGUAUAUACUUCAUCGUGCUCAAAAGCCACGUAGGUCUGUCAUAAAAGGCUCAAAAUACCCGGUAUGAACGUUUUAUUUCAUGUUUUUUUAUAAGGAAACUUCAGAGCCUCGUUCGUUUAGUUUGACUACUGCACUUCAAUUGGCUUUUUGACAGGCUGUCGACCCUUCCUCUCCUGUGUACCUGCAGUCGUGCUGGUAGAUAAUGAAAAUAUUAUAACUCGAAGGCUGAAACACGUCACGUUGAGAACGAUGAUGUAAUACAUAAUAAUACAACGACACAGAACAAAGAUCGUGUUUUUACGUUAUCAGUGAAGCUAC